AUGGUACUCACAUCUCCAUCUUGUACUGGCUUAGGCUGGGAACAGCCCAAAGUAUCUCCUAGUUUGUGUUUCCCGCUGGGAAUCGCCCUACAAUUCAGCCCUGACCUGUCACUCCUACAGGUGCCCUCAAAGUCCGUGUUCUGGGCACUCCAGCUGGCGCUUCUGGGCUUUGCGCUGGGCUGGGCCCAGCUGCGCUCCUGCAGCGUCCCAGACGUACUCCACCACUAUCGCGCUGUCAUCUUUGAGGACCUACAUGCAGCCAUGAAGCAGGUCGAGCCAGGGGCCCAAAGGACACGGGGCUUCAGACACCAUUUCAUUCGGAAAAACCUGACGGGGGAUAGCAAAAGGCUGGGAUGGCCUGAGGUCUCCUGUGGUGCCCAGGAGGAACACAGUAUCCUACUGUCCAUUAAGUCCCUGGGUCGGACCCUGCGUGGGGCAGUAUCAGGGGACCGCCGUGGAGCCCUCGAGAGAGCCGUGUGGAUGGUGGCCAUUCGCACCGAGGCAGUGAUGCGUCGUCACUGCUGGAUGCCACGACCGCAGAGCCGGCGGCCCAGGAUGCGCCCAGCCCAGCAGCAGCGUUGGCGUCAAGGCAGCCAGAGGCGGCUCCUGCUGCGCGCCCUGGACACAGUCGCCACCUGCUGGGAGAAGCUCUUCGCUCUUCGUGCCAGGGCCACCAGGAAAUCUUAA